CGUGCCUUUAUUCCACCAGGGAGCGAUCUUCUCACAAAUUUGAAGACUGUCACUCCCCAUUCACGUUUUACACUGUUAGCCCGGAUUUAGUUUCUACUUAAAUAUUAAAGCAUUAUAUACUAAAAAGAAAAAGUUUGAUGAUAUCACUUCAUAAUUUUAAGUAUAUUCUACUAAUUUGUUGGCAUAGUCCAAUGUGCAAAUAAUGUGAAGUACAAUAAGCUUAAAUUGAAAAGUUAUUUAACAGACCACACCUCUUCUUCCCAAUUGUGAUAACUGCCUAUUAACAGAGUAAUGAGCAGUUGCUCAAGGUAUCAGUGUGUGUGUGUUUUCCUUAUUUCAACAGUCUAUAUUGCAGCCUGCUCUUACACAGACAUAUAAUACAAAACAAAAACAGUCUAAAACUGAUUUUUUUGUUGCGGUUGUGUGGAUUCAAACACCGCUGGCGAGGAACUGGAAGGUGAGUUUAACUCCCUCAGUUGUAAAAACUUCAUUUAAACUUUCGUCAUUUCGACGGAAAUUUUUAGACACUGGCUAAUUUACCUGGCUGUGCAAUGUAUAUUUACCUAACUGUGGGGGGGAGGGUUUUGGGGGCAGCGGUGGAAACAAUUUUUUAACAUUUACCGGUUCGUUGGCUUUUUUUAUCCACAACUAAUCGAUAUCUAAUGCUAGUGUAACCCAGCCUUAGAUUGAGCUACGCAUUAAUAUGUUCAUAUUAUUAUUUUUCUUUUUUUGUGAGUAUUCCCCUUUCAGAAUUGAGGGAGUGUCGUAAACAAGAUGCAGCGUUACGGCAGCUGGUUGUCAUGGUACUCCUAGUGGGGAUUCGCGGGCUUCGCCUUUAGGCUUUCACCUGGCCGGCUGCAACCGUUAUUUUUUCCAAGAAGAUAGCGGGAACACAUGCGCCUGUUUUACGCGGUUUACCACGGCCUAUUGUAUCUGGUUUCCUGGAGAGUUUUACUGUCGACAAGUUCUGCAGAUUCUGUUUGGCAAGCAGUAGAGACACUCAACAACAAGAGAUGGCCAUGGAACAGAAAUUAACAAUGCGGGUUAUCAUCUCCGAGGGUGAUAUAAGAAAGAUGACAAUGAACCCUCGACCAUACAUACUUGAAGAUUUGAUUAGCUGGCUCAAAGGCACUCUCCAAACAAACUACAAUUUUACCUUACAGUACCAAGAUCCUGAAUUUAACAAUGAAUUAUGCAACCUCACAGACUUGUCUGAGCUCCCAGAUAAACCAACGGUCAAAAUCAUCCCUAUCAUUGAGCUUGUACCAGUCCCUGGAGGUUCUGAAUUAUGUAGUGACACAGGCAGCCAAGCAGACACCGAGAUCCUGUCCAUCUCUUUGGAUAGAAGUUCUCAGUGGCCAGCGGUAUUUGAAAUUCCAAAAUUUCAAGUCGAUGUAGAUUAUAGACUACGCCAAGGUAACCUGCAGUAUUUCAGGGAUGCAACCUUUCUUAAAGUCACAAAAGAACUAAAGCAUGACAUACUCGAGAAAUUGGCUGAGACCAUGUAUGCAUUUAAAGCAUACCCAACAAAGGAAGAUUUUGAGACUGUUGCUAAGGCUUUAGUGCAAACACACCCAUGCCUUAAAGAAACUGGGUCACACUCUGGCUGGAAUGGUUGGAAGAAUAGCCUUAAGUUCAAAAUGGGUAAUUAUAGAACCAAAAUGCGGCAGCUGGGUCGACUUGAUGUUACUGUCAAUGGUGGCAAGCGAAGAAGUGACACUACAAAUGGCGAUCCUGCAAACACACAGAUCAAGAAGCCAAAGAAAGGGGAAAUAAAUUUCCUGCCUGAUUUUCCAGAGGGGAUGACUGACCAAAACAUGGAAGUAGCUCGUGAGGUUCUGGUCAAUGAAAUGAUGAAGACAAAGCCAAGGGAAUCCCUGGUUAAGAAAGAGAUGGAUGUGACGUUUGCUUUUCGCAGAAAGGAGAUUGUCAAUGAGAAGCCUGCCAUCAGCCAGGUGGUGCAUCGUUGGCCAGCUCUUUUUACAGAAAAUCAGGUUUAUUAUGAAUUUGGCAGAGUGGUAGGGAAAAAUCUCAGAGAGAACUUCUUGGAUGCACUUGACAAUUUGUCUCCAAGCCUCAUGGACCUCUUCAAAAAGAAGAAAGGCCUUACUGGUCAGCUUUUGGCUGAACUUUUAUACCAGACAAAGACAACUGAGCCAACAGACGUCAGAUGCCUUUGUCUUCGGGGACUGCCGGUCACCUUGGGUGAUGAUCCUUCUGCCUUCUUCAAGACCUGCUUUGACACAGCUGACAAUGACUUGUACAGGCAAACUCCAGUGGGAUUGCUUUUCAUUGGUGAAGAGAACCUUAAGCUGAACCCAUCCAAAGUGGGAAUCAUCUUGGAAGGGAAUGUGGUGAUGGAUGAUCUGGCCAACCUUCCUCAGGCCUUCUAUGUCCUUUUUGGACUGAUAUAUGCCCUGCACCUGGACUAUCCCAGAUACAUGAAAAACACUUUUUGCUUUGUUCAGCAGGUGAUGUUUAACCUGGGUAAAAGUGAGCUGCCACCAAAAAUUCAGACUCUGAAAAACCAACUUGCAGUGUAAAGAGGUGUUGUUACACUAUUUCUCCAGAUAGGAGAAAGAUUGUUUGUUCUUUUAGAAAAGGGACUUAUUUGCACUGUUAUGCACUUUUUUCUAUUUAUGUAAUUGGACUGGCACUGAUAUGUCUGGUUUUGAUUCAGAUUAACAAACCAAAAACUGAGGAAAACAGUUUGCAGUGUUAAGUGGUGUUCUUAAUUGUUGCACCUGAUACCAGGUGCCUAGUUUUAUGUCGUGCUUUUAGAAAAACAAUCUGUUGUGUAUGUUCACAAUAAAGCAUUUUACCCCUAACCGGGGUGUUUUCAACAAAUGUUUCAUCUGAUUUCUUGACCUGAAUAACUAUUUAUA